AUGGCAGGUCAGGUCUUUGUAGCCCAUUACAGUUUUCUUUCCUUUUCUCCUAGGCCUGUCCCAGGUUCUCUGUCUUCACUAUUGCAUCUACACAACCGACAAAGACAGCCUAUGCCAGCCUCUAUGCCUGGCACCCUGCCCAACCCUACCAUGCCCGGAUCUUCUGCUGUACUCAUGCCUAUGGAGCGACAAAUGUCAAUGAACUCCAACAUCAUGGGAAUGCAGGGGCCAAACCUCAACAACCCUUGUGCUUCACCUCAAGUCCCCCCAAUGCAUUCAGAAGCCAAAAUGAGAUUGAAGGCAGCACUGACUCAUCACCCUGCCGCCAUGUCGAACGGGAAUAUGAACACCAUGGGCCACAUGAUGGAAAUGAUGAGCUCGCGGCAGGACCAGACGCCACACCAUCAUAUGCACUCGCAUCCUCAUCAACACCAGACACUGCCACCUCACCACUCCUACCCCCACCAGCACCAGCACCCAGCGCACCAUCCUCAUCCUCAGCCUCAUCACCAGCAGAAUCACCCCCACCACCACUCCCACUCGCACCUUCACGCACACCCGGCACAUCACCAGACCUCGCCGCACCCACCGCUGCAUUCGGGCGGACAAGCACAGGUUUCACCGGCCGCACAGCAAAUGCAGCCCACGCAGACGAUACAGCCGCCGCAGCCCACUGGAGGCCGCCGGAGAAGGGUGGUGGAUGAAGACCCUGAUGAGAGGAGGAGGAAAUUUCUGGAGAGGAACAGAGCCGCUGCCACACGCUGCAGACAGAAGAGGAAGGUCUGGGUGAUGUCACUGGAAAAGAAAGCAGAAGAACUCACCCAGACAAACAUGCAGCUUCAGAAUGAGGUCUCCAUGCUGAAAAAUGAGGUAGCACAGCUGAAACAGUUGUUGUUAACGCAUAAAGACUGUCCGAUAACAGCCAUGCAGAAAGAAUCACAAGGAUAUCUAAGUCCUGAGAGCAGUCCUCCUGCGAGCCCGGUCCCAGCAUGCUCCCAGCAGCAAGUCAUCCAGCACAAUACCAUCACCACCUCCUCCUCCGUCAGCGACGUUGUGGGCAGCUCCACUCUCACCCAGCUCGCCAGCCACAGAACAGACAUCAACCCCAUCCUUUAAAACUAGUGGAUCAGAAACUGCUAGGGGAAAGUGGUAGCGUAUCAAAACGUCCUCUGUGCUAAGGACAUUUUUGACCGUAACUCAAGCCUGGAAGAUUCCUCAGUUCUUGAAAGACUCUGGCUUUCAUUUUUAUAGUUAUUAAAAUGUCUUUUAUACUUAGUUACAUAAAAGGGAGUUAUGCAAUUAAUAUGCUAUCAGCUUGAGAAAUGCUUUGGUGCUUUCUCCAGUUUUUUUGGUACAGUUACUUGUUUAUAAACCUAACUGUCUCUGUACAUAGUCACGUUUUCUUCUCACCAAUCUAGCCUGAAGCCUCAGAAAUACGGAGUUGUGUUAAACUGCAGCUUGUUAGCCAAUGUGAGGCAUGAAAAGUAUUAAACAGAGUCAUAUGUAGGUAACUAGGAGUAAUUAGGCUAUAAAUAUAGAGAGAGGGCAUCUGCUGACAGCAUCAUAAAAUAUGAGUUAGAAUUGUGCUAUCACCAGAACCUCGUCUUUCAACUCGGUUACACAGUGGCUAUCAGAACAAACCCAAACCCCAGUAAAGUGCCCUUUUGCCCAGCUGUCCUCUUCCAGCUCUCUCCCACCCUGUCUUUUUGUCCUUCAGUUGUUCUCACAACUCACUUCUCCCUUUCCUAGCCCUCUGCCCUUCUCUUAGCCAGGCUUCCCUCUCCUCCUCCCCCUCUCAGAGAACAGUGAUAAACAAGUAAAAACUUCAAGCCUACCAAAAACUGCCAGCACGGCUGCUGCUUUCACUAGCUCUUCACCCACAGCUGGGCUGCACCAAGCUUUUCUGUUUUGAAAAACAGAAAUGCUCCUGAUUUAGUGCUUUUAAUAAACAGGGAAAGGCGAAAGCAGUGCAGUUGCAGGUGAAGCAAGAUUGAAAGCCAGCUGUGUUGAUGCUAGGAGCCGUGUAAGCUGUUGAGGUAAAUGGCUGUGGCACAGUGCAGGCAUAGCACUUGCAGGCAAGUAACACCUGAGAAUUACAGCAAUUCUUUAGCGCUGCCAGUCGUUAACAUAGCAAAUCCAUGUAGUAUAUAAUUCAGAAAAGUUCUGUUCCCUAACCUGCUUACAUUGUUCUAGCACUGAAAGCUAACAGCCUCAGAUUUCACAGGCUAUAAAUGAAAAAUAAAUCAGCAUAACCAUUCUGACCAGUUGGAAAAAUGCCACUUUUAAUUACCAGGGUGAGUCCUGGUCUCUGCAGGCAUCCCCUUGGAUGUACACGGACUGGCUUUGAGCUGGCAAACAUCAGUGGAGCUUCACUGACCAUAAUGGCACUUACUCCAGUUUACAGUGGGUAAGAAAUUGUCUCAUAAUGACAUUAAAAAAAAAUUUAUCGAGUGUGCAGCCACUCAAAAGUGCUGCAAGAAAGGCAAAUUCCACUGCACUCACUGGAUAAAAUUCAGUCCUGUAAAGAGGGUCUGUAAAGGGGCUUUAUGCCACAAUUAGGGGUUUUGUUUGGACUAUGUGCCUGCCCCUCAGCACAACGGAUUUGCAUCCUAGAGUAGUAGCAGUGAUUGAUGGGGAGAUCGGAGGGAGAUGAUGCCAGUUAAUUAUGCUUGCCUUUCAAUAUCCUGGGACCUGGUUUUGCUCUCAAGGCUGGCAGUGGUGACACCUCCUUCGUCUGCCCCAGGGAGCAGGACUGGGCUCUGAAUUGGUGAUGAACAUUCAAACAUUUCAAACUGCAUCUUUAAUAGCAAAAGAUAAUUCAUGCUAUUCCUAGCAAACACUCCAGCCCAAAACACGCUUCAUUCUGAAGUGAGGUUCUUGUCCUCAGCUGCUGUUUCUUGGUUGUGAGAGGAGUCACGGGUUUCAGGAGGGUGACUCUUCUCAGAGCAGGAAAGAGUUAAACGAGUGAAGUGAGAGGCGCUGUCAGGAGCAGGGCCCUUUUGGAAGGAAAAGCAAACUUUUGAGGAUUGUUUCUGAAUUAGUUCUUAUCUUGGUAACUAACUUUUAUCAGUAUUCUUGAACAGCUCUCUUUCCAUUUAUGCAAAUACGUUCAAAAAAAGAUUUUUAAUGUACAGUGUAAAUCUUGACUUGAUUAUAUAGUCUAAGAACCAAAAAAAAAAUUAAGAAAAAAUACAAAUGUAAAGGAUUUUCUAUUAUAUUUUAGACAAACAUAUACUUUUAAAGUGUUUUAAAUACUGAAUCUAUAAUUUUUUUUUUUAAUCUCUGGUUGUAAUAGCUAAGUGGUUUUGCUUCAUCAUGGCUCCCAAGGGAACUUCUUUCAAAUAUGCAGUCGAGCAAAAUGUUCCAGCUGAAUAUCCACGAUGUAAAAGACAAAACAAGCUUUUCCCCUGUGUCUGAAUGUCAUCCUUCACUGUGAAAAAUAAAAUGCCAUCACAGGGUUAAUUUGCAAACUUUCCCCCUAUAUGGGUAGCACUUAAAUAUGUUAAAAAAGUAAAAAUCUAAGUAGUUGAUAACAUUAGAAUACCCAGUUGAGCUGCACUGCACUAGAAUUACAGUUUAGCUUCAUUUUGUUCAGUCUCCUCAAUUAAAAUAUUUAGCUGUUACACUGAAAGCCUCUACUUUAAAAAGGAAAAAAAAAGGAAAAAAA